CCGGCCCGCCUCGCCGUCGCCGCCGCCGCCCGCCCGCCCGCCGCCGCCACCAUGAGCCAGGCCUAUUCGUCCAGCCAGCGCGUGUCCUCCUACCGCCGCACGUUCGGCGGGGCCCCCGGCUUCUCGCUCGGCUCGCCCGUGUUCCCGCGCGCCGGCUUCGGCUCCAAGGGCUCGUCCAGCUCCAUGACGUCGCGCGUGUACCAGGUGUCGCGCACGUCGGGGGGCGCGCCGGGCGGGCUGGGCUCGCUGCGCGCGGGCCGGCUGGGCGCGGGCCGGUCGUCGUCCGUCGGGGGCUACGGCGCGGGCGAGCUGCUGGACUUCUCGCUGGCCGACGCGGUCAACCAGGAGUUCCUGGCCACGCGCACCAACGAGAAGGUGGAGCUGCAGGAGCUCAAUGACCGCUUCGCCAACUACAUCGAGAAGGUGCGCUUCCUCGAGCAGCAGAAUGCCGUGCUCGCCGCCGAGGUGAACCGGCUCAAGGGCCGCGAGCCCACGCGCGUGGCCGAGAUGUACGAGGAGGAGCUGCGCGAGCUGCGGCGCCAGGUGGACGUGCUCACCAACCAGCGCGCGCGCGUCGACCUGGAGCGCGACAACCUCCUCGACGACCUGCAGCGGCUCAAGGCCAAGCUGCAAGAGGAAAUUCAACUGAAAGAAGAAGCAGAGAACAAUUUGGCAGCCUUCCGGGCGGAUGUGGACGCGGCCACUCUGGCGCGCAUUGACCUGGAGCGCAGAAUCGAGUCUCUCAACGAGGAGAUCGCCUUCCUGAAGAAAGUGCACGAGGAGGAGAUCCGCGAGCUGCAGGCCCAGCUUCAGGAGCAGCAGGUCCAGGUGGAGAUGGACAUGUCCAAGCCAGACCUCACCGCUGCCCUCAGGGACAUCCGGGCUCAGUACGAGACCAUCGCGGCUAAGAACAUCUCGGAAGCCGAAGAGUGGUACAAGUCCAAGGUGUCCGACCUGACCCAGGCUGCCAACAAGAACAACGACGCCCUGCGCCAAGCCAAGCAGGAGAUGAUGGAGUACAGGCACCAGAUCCAGUCCUACACCUGCGAGAUCGACGCCCUCAAGGGCACCAACGACUCCCUGAUGCGGCAGAUGCGGGAGAUGGAGGACCGUUUCGCCAACGAGGCCGGGGGGUACCAGGACAGCAUCACGCGCCUGGAGGAGGAGAUCCGGCAUCUCAAGGACGAGAUGGCCCGUCACCUGCGCGAGUACCAAGACCUGCUGAAUGUCAAGAUGGCCCUGGACGUGGAGAUCGCCACUUACCGGAAACUGCUGGAGGGAGAGGAGAGCCGGAUCAACAUGCCUAUCCAGACCUACUCUUCUCUCAACUUCCGAGAAACGAGCCCGGAGCAGAGGAGUUCCGAGGUCCACACCAAGAAGACGGUGAUGAUCAAAACCAUCGAGACGCGGGACGGGGAGGUUGUCAGCGAAGCCACACAGCAGCAGCACGAGGUGCUGUAAAGCCGGGGACCCCCUCUGCCGCCUGAGACCGUCCACGCCCCUGUCCUCACUGUCCCCUUCCAUCCCCGGGCACCGCACCCCGACACAAGCUCCCUUCACAGCCCCGACCCCUGCUCACUCUCCCUGCCGCGGUCCCCAGCGGGGCCCUGGCCGUCCCUCCGGUCCCCAGAGUGUGCACCCGCUGCCCGCCGGAGCCCCGGAGACCGGAACCAGGGAGCCUGGGUGCGGGCAGGGCCACACGGAGGGACGCGGCCUCCUGCCUCUGUCCGGCACCUCAGGCUGCAGCCUCUGGCCUGAGGGCCCCAGAGGAGGGUCAGAAGGGAGCCCUGGGGACCAUCCCACUCCCCCCGCCCCCCCCCAAGCCCCGCCAGGGCAGAGAGAAAAAGGGCAGGUAACUAGGGCACAAGCCCCCCAUUAGGGAGACUUCAGGGGGGGACUUGAAACUGACCCCAGGGUCCCUAUUUCCCAGGGUGAGCUUCGAAAGUAGGGGCUCCAGGAGGGAACCGCCGGAGGUGCCAGGUGUGGGAGUAGCAGAGUCAGGAGACUGUGUGUGAGCUGAGAGGAGCAGAGAGGAGAGAGGCAGAGAGCGGUCUCGGGGGCAGGGCGGCCCCCCACGUCCCGCCCCCCCACCGCAGGGGCCCCGGACGGAAAGAAUAAAGUGAUACGCACGAGCCCUCGCUGUCUGAC